CCGCCAUUGGACACACAAACUAGCUUAUACGUGUACUUGACUAGCUUCAUUUAGGGUCAGCACAUAUGAGCUAGUGAGUAUACAUGUACACACACUGCAUUAGCGCUCGCUGUCACCACUGUGAAUUUGACGAAUGAGGUCGGAGGGUGAAGAGAGCAGUAAUGUUCUACAUGUAUGCACACUUCAUAGUUUUGCUUUUAUUGGUUUCAAAAUCCUGCGAAAUUACAUGUGUAUCCUGUCUUGGUAUUUGUUUAUUACAUGAGGAAAAACGUACGCGAUUUCAAUGACAUACGGUUACUGCGGGUUGUUGUGACGGGAUGGACAUACAACACGGAUAAGUGGAAAGAAAAUUCAUGUCGGUAAUUCAGCAUGGCUUUCUUCCACACCUCGAGUUUUCAACUGAAGACACUGGUCUUCCUCGUAGUGAUGUCUUACAAGAGAGCAUUUGCUGUUGAUAGUUCUGUUCGCUUGUAUGGAGGAUCUUCGGAUAAAGAAGGAUUCGUUCAAAUCAACGUGGCAGGUGAAUGGAGGAACAUCUGCAAUGACGGAUGGGAUGCACUGGAUGCUCUGGUCACCUGCAGACAGCUGGGGUUUACUGAAGGAUAUGCUAUGUUUUGGUCGAAGCCAAGUACUUCACAUUAUUGGUAUGAUACGACAUCUGCGCCAGAUCCUGAACCUACCUUUUUAACAGAGGGAAUCAACUUCGCUUGCAACGGAAACGAGGAAACCCUGUUAUCCUGCAAGUACACGAAACACGACACGUAUUGUCCAACAUUAGCGACAGUCGUUUGUGGCAUCACAGCAGCCAAAUACAAUGAAGUACUGGCCAAGGCUCAUAUACCGGCCGACUUUGAUUCUCAAAAUUUUAUAAGUACCGUCGGCACUUCAAACGGCAACUCGGUUGGCAAAUUGCUUGUUACAUACAGCCACAACCAAAAAUCUGUACAUCUGACUGGCGGUGUAUGCGACAUGGACCAGCGAGCGGCUAUGAUGAUAUGCGAUGCUCAUGGAUAUAGUCGUGGUGGAGAGAAAAUCAAAGUCCCAACACCAGAAGGCCUACCAAUGUUUAUCGGCACGAUAACAUGUCUUAACUCAUGGGGAUUAAGGGACUGCAAAACCCAGUUGACAUCAACAGGCGUGUGUCCUGAUGGCAUCAAAUAUAAUGGACUGCGGUGUUAUACAACAGAGAGACCGUCCGUCAUUGGAGCUUUCGUUUUCGCUGGCGUGUCAUCCAUUUUAAUUCUCAUUGCCGGUGCGUGUGGUGUACACUGGAUUCGGAAAGAUCGAAAAGUUCCACACGCCGCUCUUGAGAACGAGCCUGAUGACGUCAUAGCCUGUCAAUCUGACUCAGAACCAUGACUUUUUAUAGAUCUUUAGCCGAUUAACUGUUUAUCGUAACUGUAAUUAAAGGUUGUAGCGUCUCAUACAUUUGCACUUUGCUCGUAUAAAUUCAUGUUCUCUGUAACUUUCCAUUACGCGACUGUUUGUGGUGACGAAGAUAACUCAGAAAAAGACGCACUUGAAAGAAACUUUGCAUCGCCGGAUUAUGAUUCAUUGAACUUUACGCCCAAUAAUUAAUAUAGGAGAAUUCUUCAUGUACUUUCUCCCUUGAUUUCACCCCAUAAAAUAUACUUAAUGAAGAACGAAAUGAUAUAAUGAACUGAAUUAUAGUACUCGUGAAGCAACAACUUAUAUAAAGAGUAAAUAGGACGUUUCCUGUUUUUCAUACAAUAAAAUAUGUAAUCAAGACAUAUUAUCAGAAUGAGCCGUAUAUUUAUGAUAUAAGUGAAAAAAGAAAUGAUUUCAAUUUAACAUGGCUCAUGUUGAAGCAUGUAUUUGAAUCAUGCAUACGAAUAUUGUUAAGAUAUUUGUUGUAUAACAUGGAAAUGUCAUUUUGUGUUUGGUUAUACAAAAUAAAAAUUAUCCAUUGGGAUAAAGAUAUAGAAAAACAAAUAAAGAGGUAUACUCAAUACAGUUAAGACCACAAACAUAUAUAAACGCGCUGAGAUGAAUAUUGUUUUGAAAAGUAUUGCGUCAUUUUAUCCUCUAUAUUGCUGUUUUGUUAUACGAAAAUAAAUUAUCUCUCUUUCUCUUUAUUUUGAACACAGCAUUCCAUUUUUAAAUGUACACAAAAUGGUUCCAUUGUAAUACAUUUCUUAAACUUGGUCUUGCUACUCUCUCGAGUCAGACGUAAACAAACUCACUCAGUUUUACUCACUCAGUUUCGUGAAAAUGGUGCAGAAUAUGAUUAUGGAUGGCGCUAAAACCAUUAGCAUAUUUCGCCUCACAAUCAGUUUUGUACAACCCGGGGUAGAUUGUAUGUUUUAAUAAAGGAAAAACUCAUAACUUCAAUUCUGUAUUACAAUAUUUCACUCAAUAGUUUUUGAAGUAUUCAGUAUUAUUCUGAAGACAAAAAGCAAUGCUUGUUUUAGUUUUUGGGACGAAAUGGCUGUGUAGUGCGGUAAUGUUUUCCUAUUAUGUAUUUGUUCAAGUUCAAGUUCAUUUUCAAGUUCAUUUUAUUUCUCAUUCAAUAAAA